AUGGAAGGGGGAGCUCGAGGAUACCUUCCCUACAUCAGCCAUUUUGGUAAAAUAAUUCAUUGUUCAUCCACCUUUAUCAUCGUACCUAUGGAUUUUCAAAACCGUGUCGGCUCCAAGUUUGGUGGAGGUGGUGUCGCUGGAGCUUCGGAGACCAACGUCGACAGGCGUGAACGUUUGCGCAAACUUGCACUCGAGACAAUUGACCUUGCCAAAGAUCCUUAUAUUUUAAGGAAUCACUUAGGUGGCCUCGAAUGUCGUCUCUGUCUGACGCUUCAUACCAAUGAAGGUUCAUACCUGGCUCACACUCAGGGAAAGAAGCAUCAGACCAAUCUUGCUCGUCGUGCGGCUCGCGAUGCCAAGGACACGCAAUUGAUGAUUGCUCCCACUCAAAGCAAUGUGCAACGCAAAGUGUUCCUCAAAAUAGGACGCCCAGGCUACCGAGUAACAAAAGUGCGGGACAAAGAUACUGGUAAGGAAGGUAUGAUGGUCCAGGUUCACCUUCCUCAAAUCAAAGCGGACGUCAUCCCUCGCCGACGGUUUAUGAGCGCUUGGGAGCAAAAGAGGGAGCCUCCGAACAAGGCAUACCAGUAUCUAAUCGUGGCUGCUGAGCCGUACGAGACAAUUGCUUUCCGCAUUCCUGCCCGCGAGAUAGAAGAUGAAGCUGACGAUGCCGGAUAUUGGAAUUGGUCAUAUUGGGACCCUGACACGAAACAGUAUAGCUUCCAGUUCAUGUUCCGUUUGGCUUAUUGAUGCUGCCCGCUGCUCACACAAUGUUCUUUUCGCGUCGUAAUUGGAUCCAUUUCCCUCCUGAAUUAUGGGAUUUUUUUUGCUGCGCUAGGUGUUGUUAAUGUCAAUUACCUCAUGCAUUACCUCCGAAACAGGAUGUCUCAACUCCAAUACCACGUCGUAAACAACUCAGCGAGCACUAUGGUCGCCACAACGUAUAAGCUUCUCUUGACUGCAAACGGCACUCAUGGAGCGCCUCAGGGCGAGCAUGGAAUGAGACACCUUGAAUCUAGAUCGGUUACAAACUCUCGAAGUACACGCCUUGUUAUCAUGAUAUUCAUGAAUCAACU